GUGUGUGUGUGUGUGUGUGUGUCAGGAUGAUGGAAGAAGUGUCUAUCAGGGUGGCGUUUGACGCCCACAUCGUAGACCAGAUGGCCGAGGAGGAGAUACUCGCCUGCCUGAUGGCCGAGUCUAUACCCAAACACACGGUAAGACCACAAGCAUUAUACAACCAUAACACAACCAUAGCCAAACACACGGUAAGACCACAACCAUAACACAACCAUAGCCAAACACAUGGUAAGACCACAACCAUAACACAACCAUAGCCAAACACAUGGUAAGACCACAACCAUAACACAACCAUACCCAAACACACGGUAAGACCACAACCAUAACACAACCAUACCCAAACACAUGGUAAGACCACAACCAUAACACAACCAUAGCCAAACACAUGGUAAGACCACAACCAUAACACAACCAUACCCAAACACAUGGUAAGACCACAACCAUUACACAACCACAACACAAUUGCUGCUGUGUCGUAGAGCAUGUGGUCAUACAACAACAACAACAAUAAGAACAAUCCUCUACUGCAGUAUCUAUAGGACAGCCCUCUAUUGGCCGUGCAGACUAAACUCUUGUACCAUCUCCCCUGCUCUAAAGGAUGACAUUCACAACAAGGACCAGGGUUACCAAGCAUUGGCACCAGGUGUAAAGAUUGAACCUGUUGUUAUCUUUUUAGGAGGUGUGACUGUUACAUAUGAAAAUGAUUUUCUUCCAUGCGUUCUCUCUCGCUCGCUCUUCUCUCUCGCUCUUCUCUCUCUCUCUCUUAAUUCAAUUCAAGGGCCUUUCUUGGCAUGGGAAACAUAUGUUUACAUUGGAAACAGAUGAACAAAAGUGAAAUAAACAAUAAAAAGUAAAUAUUACACUCACACAAGUUCCAAAAUAACAGAGACAUUUUAAAUGUCAUAUUAUGUCUAUAUACAGUGUUGGAACAAAGUGCAAAUAGUUAAAGUACAAAAGGGAAAAUAAAUCAACAUAAAUAUGGGUUGUAUUUACGAUGGACUUUGUUCUUCACUGGUUGCCCUUUUCUUGUGGAAACAGGUCACAAAUCUUGCUGCUGUGAUUGCACACUGUGUUUUUUCACCAAAUAGAUAUGGGAGUUUAUCAAAAUUGGAUUUGUUUUCGAAUUCUUUGUGUGUCUGUCACGACCGUCAGGGAGAGAAGUAGACCAAUGCGCAGCGUGUUGAACGAACAUGUUAGACUUUAUUUAAUAAAGCACGAACAAAACAAUAAACGACUCGUAACGUCCAACGGUAACAAAUACCGACACGGAACAAAAACCCACAAACCCAAAGGGAAAACAUACAGUUUAAAUAUGGCUCCCAAUCAGAGACAACCAGCCAACAGCUGACACUCGUUGCCUCUGAUUGGGAGUCACUCAGGCAAAACAUAGCAAUAGACGAACUAGAACCCCCAACAUAGAAACACACCACAUAGAACAAACACACCCUGGCUCAACAACUAGAGUCCCAUAGCCAGGGUGUGACAGUACCCCCCCCCUAAAGGCGCGGACUGCGACCGCGCCUCAAAAAGAGCAAAACAGGGGAGGGCUGGGUGGGCAUACCUCCUCGGCGGCGGUUCUGGCUCCGGGCUUGACCCCCACUCCUUCUCUAACCCCCCAAAGUACCCCUGGUCCGGUCUGGCCCUGCUGACCAGAGCUGAACUGAACACUGGUGGAGCGGAUUGCUCUAGCUCCGGCGUGACGCAGCACCUGACCGGUGCCAGACCCGCCACUGGUGGAACAGGCACGGGCCGUGCCGGACUGACGACGCACACCACUGGCUUGGUGUAGGGAGCAGGAGCGGGCCGAGCCGGGCUGACGAAACGCACCACUGACUUGGUGCGGGGAGCAGGAGCGGGCCGAACCGGGCUGACGAAGCGCACCACUGACUUGGUGCGGGGAGCAGGAACGGACCGUGCCGGGCUGACGACGCGCACCACUGACUUGGUGCGGGGAGCAGGAACGGGCCGGACAGGGCUGACGAAACGCACCACUGACUUGGUGCGGGGAGCAGGAAUGGGCCGGACUGGGCUGGCGACGCGCACCACAGACUUGGUGCGGAGAGCAGGAACGGGCCGGACAGGGCUGACGAAACGCACCACAGACUUGGUGCGGGGAGCAGGAAUGGGCCGGACUGGGCUGGCGACGCGCACCACAGACUUGGUGCGGAGAGCAGGAACGGGCCGGACAGGGCUGACGAAACGCACCACAGACUUGGUGCGGGGAGCAGGAAUGGGCCGGGCCGAGCUGGCGAUGCGCACAGUAGACUUGGUGCGAGUGGCAGGAACAGGCCGGACCGUACUGGGAACACACACCACUGGCCCUACGUGGGGAUCAGGAACAGGCCGGACCGGACUGGCAACACACGCCAGUACUCUCGCCGUGCCUCUACAUCUUCCACCCCCUCUUCGACCAGUGGCCCCCGUAACCUGGCGGCCUCCUCUGCCAAUCCGCUGGGCCGCUCUGCCGCGGUCUCCUGCUGGCCCGUCGUCCACGGCGUUAGCCCCCCCUAAAAAUUUUCUGGGGGUCUCUCUUCCCCGUGGGCCAGGCCUCUAUAUUUCUCGCCCAACUCUCGCUCUCCUGCUUCCAACUCCAGCCAUUCUGCUCCUCCUUUGGCUUGACCCAGUCGAGACUCUUCCUCAACUGUUCCCAAGUCCAUCCACUCUGCUCUUUACAAGGCUGGACCCAGUCGAGGUUGCCACGGAGAUCUGGGCUGACGAACGCAGAGACAACCAGCCAACAGCUGACACUCGUUGCCUCUGAUUGGGAGUCACUCAGGAAAAACAUAGCAAUAGACGAACUAGAACCCCCAACAUAGAAACACACCACAUAGAACAAACACACCCUGGCUCAACAACUAGAGUCCCAUAGCCAGGGUGUGACAGUGUCUGUGUAAUCUGAGGGAAAUACGUGUCUCUAAUUUGGUCAUAUAUUUGGAAGGAGCUUAGGAAGUGUCUUCUCUUCUCUCAAUAGCAAGGCAAUGCUCACUGAGUCUGUACACAGUGAAAGAUUUCCUUAAUUUUGGGUCAGGUAUUCUGCCACUCUGUACUCUCUGUUUAGGGCCAAAUAUAAUUCUAGUUUGCUCUGUUUUUUUGUAAAUUAUUUCCAAUGUGUCAAGUAAUUACACUACCAGUCAAAAGUUUGGACACACCUACUCAUUCAAGGGUUUUUCUUUAUUUUUACAUUGUAGAAUAAUAGUGAAGACAUCAAAACUAUGAAAUAACACAUAUGGAAUCAUGUAGUAAACAAAAAAGUGUUAAACAAAUCAAAAUAUAUUUUAUAAUUGAGAUUCUUUAAAUAGCCACCCUUUGCCUUGAUGAUAGCUUUUCACACUCUUGGCAUUCUCUCAACCAGCUUCACCUGGAAUGCUUUUCCAACAGUCUUGAAGGAGUUCCCACAUAUGCUGAGCAUUUGUUGUCUGCAUUUCCUUCACUCUGCGGUCCGACUCAUCCCAAACCAUCUCAACUGGGUUGAGGUCGGGGGAUUGUGGAGGCCAGGUCAUCUGAUGCAGCACUCCAUCACUCUCCUUCUUGGUAAAAUAGCCCUUACACAGCCUGGAGGUGUGUUGGGUCAUUGUCCUGUUGAAAAACAAAUGAUUGUCCUACUAACCCCAAACCAGAUGGGAUGGCGUAUCGCUGCAGAAUGCUGUGGUAGCCCAUGCUGGUUAAGUGUGCCUUGAAUUCUAAAUAAAUCAAAGACAGUGUCACCAGCAAAGCACCCCCACACCAUAACACCUCCUCCUCCAUGAUUUACAGUGGGAAAUACACAUGCAGAGAUCAUCCGUUCACCCACAAAGCGUCUCACAAAGACACGGCGGUUGGAACCAAAAAUCUCAAAUUUGGACUACAGACCAAAGGACAAAUUUCCACCGGUCUAAUGUCCAUUGCUCGUUUUUCUUGUCCCAUGCAGGUUUCUUCUUCUUAUUGAUGUCCUUUAGUAGUGGUUUCUUUGCAGCAAUUUGACCAUGAAGGCCUGAUUCACACAGUCCCCUCUGAACAGUUGAUGUUGAGAUGUGUCUGUUACUUGAACUCUGUGAAGCAUUUAUUUGGGCUGCAAUUUCUGAGGCUGGUAACUCUAAUGAACUUAUCCUCUGCAGCAGAGGUAAUUCUGGGUCUUCCAUUUCUGUGGCGGUCCUCAUGAGAGCCAGUUUCAUCAUAGUGCUUGAUGGCUUUUGCGACUGCACUUGAAGAAUCUUUCAAAGUUCUUGAAAGUUUCCAUAUUGACUGACCUUCAUGUCUUAAAGUAAUGAUGGACUGUCAUUUCUCUUUGCUUAUUUGAGCUGUUCUUGCCAUAAUAUGGACUAGGUAUUUUACCAAAUAGGGCUAUCUUCUGUAUACCCCCCCCCCCCCCCACCUUGUCACAACACAACUGAUUGGCUCAAACGCAUUAAGAAGUAAAGAAAUUCCACAAAUUAACUUUUAACAAGGCACACCUGUUAAUUGAAAUGCAUUCCAGGUGACUACCUUAUGAAGCUGGUUGAGAGAAUGCCAAGAGUGUGCAAAGCUGUCAUCAAGGCAAAGGGUGGCUACUAAAUAUAUUUUGAUUGGUUUAACACUUUUUUGGUUACCAAGAAACGAUUCCAUAUGUGUUAUUUCAUAGUUUUGAUGUCUUCACUAUUAUUCUACAAUGUAACAAAUAGUAAAAAAUAAAGAAAAAUCCUUGAAUGAGUAGGUGUGUCCAAACUUUUGACUGGUAGUGUAUAUUUGUUUUUUCUCUCUCUCUCUCUCUGUCUGGAUCAGUUAGAUUCCUGUCACUCAGACUUCAUAUCACUCCAUCUCUGUUUGUGUGAUAUAACUUUCUCUCAAUCAAACUUGGUUGCUGUUUAUGUAUGAUGAGCCUGUGGACCUUUCUCUCACUCAACCUUGACUGUUGCUGUUCUACAGGUUCCCAGUAAGAAGGCCAAGCUGAGAGAGAACCAGCCGCAACAACAGAAUGACCACAUAGACAGAUACCAGGUAGGACCAAACCGUUAGCACUAUGAUACGUAUUAAACCUAACCCCUCCCUCCCACCUCUACCCCACCACCCAACAAUACACAGAUACCAGGUACAGCAGAACCCCACCCACUAUCACUACUCCCCUCCCCACCUAAACAGGUAGCACCGCCAUGCACCCCCCUUACACCCAAAACCAGCACUCUCUCUCUUUACCCUCAAAUCCACCGGACUGUUUGUUCCACAUUCUAGAGCAAUCUAUAGGGAGAACCUAACUGUGUUCCAUGUUCUGUGCGUUCUAUGGAGGUAGAACCUAACUUUGUGUUCUCUGUUCUGUGUGUUCCUGCAGAGGGAGAACUGUCAGCUGCAGCUGGCCAGUGUCCGUCUGGAGCAGGAGAAUGAUGUUCUGGCCCACAGACUGAUCACCAGCAAGAUCUCCCUGAGGACCGAACUGGACCAGGUACACCACUCAACUACCCACAUCAACCCCACAUGAACCCUUAGCCCCCUACUUCCUAGUCACUCCCCCUAGCCCCCUACCUCCUAGUCACUCCCCCUAGCCCCCUACCUCCUAGGCACUCCCCCAGCCCUCUAACUGUAGGCACUUCCCCUAGCCUCCUACCUCAUUUGCACUUUCCCUAUGGACAAUAACAUUUUCUACACUCUUAGAAAAAAGAGUUCCAAAAACGUUCUUCGGCUGUCCCCACAGGAGAACCCUUUUUGGUUCCAGGUGAAAAGGGUUUUACAUGGAACGCAAAAGGGUUCUACCUGGACCAAAAAUAGUUAUUCAAAGGCUUCUCCUGUUUAAUGUUCUAGAUAGCACCUUUUUUUCUAAGAAUGUAAUCUAAUCUAGCGCCUACCUCCUAGAUACUCCCCUGGCCCCUAUCUCCAUAGGCACUUGUGUAGACAGACAGACAGACAGACAGACAGACAGACAGACAGACAGACAGACAGACAGACAGACAGACAGACAGACAGACAGACAGACAGACAGACAGACAGACAGACAGACAGACAGACAGACAGACAGACAGACAGACAGACAGACAGACAGACAGACAGACAGACAGACAGACAGACAGACAGACAGACAGACAGACAGACAGACAGACAGACAGACAGACAGACAGACAGACAGACAGACAGACAGACAGACAGACAGACAGACAGACAGACAGACAGACAGACAUCUGAGUGUGUUGGUGUACCCACAGGCGGAGGACAGAGUGGAUGAGCUGACCAAAGAGCUGCUGAAGACCAGAAAGAGAUUGAAGGACGCGGAGGUAGAGAAGAGAGGGAAGGAGGAGGAGGCUGCUCAGGUAAUCUCUUCUAUUCUAUCCAUCCGUCCUGUAUGUUUACAUACUUCCAUGUAUGGUAAUAAUGUAAUAUUGUAUUCUAUUUAUGGUAAUAAUGUAAUAUUGCAUUCUAUUUAUGGUAAUAAUGUAAUAUUGUAUUCUAUUUAUGGUAAUAAUGUAAUAUUGUAUUCUAUUUAUGGGUAAUAAUGUAAUAUUGUAUUCUAUUUAUGGUAAUAAUGUAAUAUUGUAUUCUAUUUAUGGGUAAUAAUGAAAUAUUUAAUUUAAUUUAAUCUAUUUACCGUUUCACAGUUGAAGGAGGUGUUAAGGAAAGAGCUGGACAAAGCCGAUCCAGAGGUGAAGAGGAGCUCAGGCAUCAUCUCAGACUACAAACAGGUACAACACGCACGCACACACACACACACACACACACACAAACACACACAAUCCUAAUACUAUGUUGUUCCCUCUGUCUGUCAGAUCUGUUCCCAGCUGACCAGUCAGGUGGAGAGACAGCAGGCAGCACAUCAAGAGGACCUGGACAAACUCAGGGUGAGGAUGAAUACUGUAUGGCACCAUCUGAUGAUGUCACAGUUUGACAAUCACACAGUUUAAUGAUGUAAUUUGUUCCGAAUGGAUAUCACCCCUCACUCUGCAUGUUCAUAAUAAAACACUUUUGAACUCUCUCUUGUCACACCCCUCCCACCCCUCUCCUUCCUCUCUCAGAAUGCUGUGCUGGCGUGUUCUCGCUGCCGACAGGCUCUAGAUUCUCCUAUCAUGGAAGGCUCCGGUUCCACAGCCCCGGACCAGAGAAGUAUCAGCACCAGAGAACCAGACCAGCAGAGAGACCAGGAAACAGAACAAGACCAGCAGACUACUGGUAGCAGGGAACAAGACCAGGAGAAGGUGUGUCUGAGUGGCCAGGUCACAGAGCUGGAGAAGGAGCUGGCCCAGACUAAACUACAGAUGGUGGAGGCCAAGUGCAAGAUCCAGGUCAGCUUAUAGCGUACACUACACACUUCAGAGUGUACACUACACACUUCAUAGUGUACACUACACACUUCAGAGUGUACACUACACACUUCAGAGUGUACAUUACACACUUCAUAGUGCACACAACACACUUCAUAGUGCACACUACACACUUCAGAGUGUACAUUACACACUUCAUAGUGCACACUACACACUUCAGAGUGUACACUACACACUUCAGAGUGCACACUACACACUUCAGAGUGUACACUACACACUUCAUAUUGCACAUGUUCACAGUACAUACAGUGGGGAGAACAAGUAUUUGAUACACUGCCGAUUUUGCAGGUUUUCCUACUUACAAAGCAUGUAGAGGUCUGUAAUUGUUAUCAUAGGUACACUUCAACUGUGAGAGACGGAAUCUAAAACAAAAAUCCAGAAAAUCACAUUGUAUGAUUUUUAAGUAAUUCAUUUGCAUUUUAUUGCAUGACAUAAGUAUUUGAUCACCUACCAACCAGUAAGAAUUCCGGCACUCACAGACCUGUUAGUUUUUCUUUAAGAAGCCCUCCUGUUCUCCACUCAUUACCUGUAUUAACUGCACCUGUUUGAACUUGUUACCUGUAUAAAAGACACCUGUCCACACACUCAAUCAAACAGACUCCAACCUCUCCACAAUGGCCAAGACCAGAGAGCUGUGUAAGGACAUCAGGGAUAAAAUUGUAGACCUGCACAAGGCUGGGAUGGGCUACAGGACAAUAGGCAAGCAGCUUGGUGAGAAGGCAACAACUGUUAGCGCAAUAAUUAGAAAAUGGAAGAAGUUCAAGAUGACUGUUAAUCACCCUCGGUCUGGGGCUCCAUGCAAGAUCUCACCUCGUGGGGCAUCAACGAUCAUGAGGAAGGUGAGGGAUCAGCCCAGAACUACACGGCAGGACCUGGUCAAUGACCUGAAGAGAGCUGGGACCACAGUCUCAAAGAAAACCAUUAGUAACACACUACGCCGUCAUGGAUUAAAAUCCUGCAGCGCACGCAAGGUCCCCCUGCUCAAGCCAGCGCAUGUCCAGGCCCGUCUGAAGUUUGCCAAUGACCAUCUGGAUGAUCCAGAGGAGGAAUGGGAGAAGGUCAUGUGGUCUGAUGAGACAAAAAUUGAGCUUUUUGGUCUAAACUCCACUCGCUGUGUUUGGAGGAAGAAGAAGGAUGAGUACAACCCCAAGAACACCAUCCCAACUGUGAAGCAUGGAGGUGGAAACAUCAUUCUUUGGGGAUGCUUUUCUGCAAAGGGGACAGGACGACUGCACCGUAUUGAGGGGAGGAUGGAUGGGGCCAUGUAUCGCGAGAUCUUGGCCAACAACCUCCUUCCCUCAGUAAGAGCAUUGAAGAUGGGUCGUGGCUGGGUCUUCCAGCAUGACAACGACCCGAAACACACAGUCAGGGCAACAAAGGAGUAAGAAGCAUCUCAAGGUCCUGGAGUGGCCUAGCCAGUCUCCAGACCUGAACCCAAUAGAAAAUCUUUGGAGGAAGCUGAAGGUCUGUAUUGCCCAGCGACAGCCCCGAAACCUGAAGGAUCUGGAGAAGGUCUGUAUGGAGGAGUGGGCCAAAAUCCCUGCUGCAGUGUGUGCAAACCUGGUCAAGACCUACAGGAAACGUAUGAUCUCUGUAAUUGCAAACAAAGGUUUCUGUACCAAAUAUUAAGUUCUGCUUUUCUGAUGUAUCAAAUACUUCAUGCAAUAAAAUGCAAAUGAAUUACUUAAAAAUCAUACAAUGUGAUUUUCUGGAUUUUUGAUUCCAUCUCUCACAGUUGAAGUGUACCUAUGAUAAAAAUUACAGACCUCUCCAUGCUUUGUAAGUAGGAGAACCUGCAAAAUCGGCAGUGUAUCAAAUACUUGUUCUCCCCACUGUACUUCAUAGUACAUACUCCUUAAUGCACAGUACACACUUUUAUGUGCACAGUACACACUCCAUAGUGACAUAUGAUGUGUUGUGUUGUCCCCUGUGUAGGAGCUAGAGCACCAGAAGGGGGUGCUGCAACGUGAUCUCCAGACAGCUAGGAACAGCUGGCUCAGUAAGACUGUGAGCUCCAUACGGUCAGCCGGAGGGGGCCUGCAGAGCAGCAGCCUACCCAGGGGGAGAGCCUCGGCGAUGGGGCGUUCUCUCCAUGGCCUUCCCCUCUCAGCCUGGAGUUCCAGGAGACUGUCAUGGGCCCCCAGGGAGGCCAGGGGGGGAGAC